AUUGUUCACACACGUAAUAAUCAUAACGAGCCCAACUAAUGCGCUGACCUCCUUGUGAGCUUCACAUACAGGAAUUCAUAUGGAACGCGUAUAUUUAUAUAUAAAGGCAAUCCCAUAACAUGGUCCCAACUUCUUUGGUUUUCUUUUCAUCACAAACAAACCUAACCCCCCCACACCCCUUCCACUCAUUAUUAUACUACCCGCCAUGAGCUCAAUUGUGCUGGAUUAUGAGCGUGAGACACUCAAAGACAAAGCAAACAAGUUUAAACAAAAUUGGCCCCAACAUGUGAAAUCUUACAUUCUCAGUUUUUUUCCGAUAUUUCAAUGGAUCACGAGAUACAAUUCUUCGUGGAUGUUACAAGAUGCUAUUGCAGGUGUCACAGUAGGAAUGGUCCUGGUGCCUCAGGGUAUCGCUUAUGCAAAGAUCGCCAAUCUCGAACCACAAUACGGGUUAUAUACCUCUUUUGUCGGUGCCUGUCUUUACUGCUUUUUUGGCACUUCCAAGGAUAUCAGUAUUGGUCCCAUCACCGUUGUUUCUCUUCUUGUUGGGCGCGCCAUCACCAACGUCACCACUGCACAUCCUGAUAUCACCGGACCUGAAGUUGCCGUCUUUCUCAGUGUGAUUGUCGGUAUCAUUACAAUUCUUAUGGGCAUGAUCCGUCUCGGUAUCCUCGUCGACUUUAUUCCUGGCCCGGCUAUUGCCGGCUACAUGACUGGAUCUGCCAUCACCAUCAGCUUGGGCCAAUGGGGCAAACUGACCGGUGUCAAACUCAACUCACAUCAGUCACCCUACUUGGUCGUUGGCGACUUCUUUUCCAACUUGGGUGGCAUCCACAUCGAUAUCGCCUUUGGUUUGACCGCCUUGUUUGCUUUGUAUGGCAUCAAGUACUUUGCCGCAAAACUCGGUAAACGCUGGCCUAAAUUCAAGCAAAGUCUGUUCUACUUUGGCAUCAUGCGUAACGGCACCAUUGUCAUUGUGGGCACUUUUGUUUCGUUCUGCAUUAACGUGGCUCACCCGACCGAAAGCCCGUUCAAAAUUCUCAAGUCUGUACCAGCUGGUUUCGAUGCCAUGGGUGUGCCGCGUAUGGAUCUUGGUAUCCUGGGCGAAGUCAUGGACGUAUUGCCUUCUAUUAUCAUUAUUCUCGUUUUGGAACAUGUCUCGGUGGCUAAAUCGUUCGGCCGUGUCAGUGACUAUACAAUCGAUCCUAAUCAAGAGAUUUUGGCUAUUGGAGUAACCAAUUUGGCUGGCGCGUUUUUUGGAGCAUAUCCAGGCACAGGUGCUUUCAGCAGAACUGCCAUUAUGGCGCGAUCGGGUGCCAAAACCCCCCUAUCCAGCGGAUUCGUGGCUAUCAUUGUCGUCCUCGCUCUCUAUAUCCUGACUCCAGCAUUCUACUAUAUCCCGGAAGCCAUUCUCGCUGCUGUUGUGAUCCACGCUGUAUCUGAUUUGGUCUCUGGCCCAAAGUAUAUCAAGGAACUCUGGGCCACAAGCAAACUUGAAUUUAUGGUCUUUUCUGCUGCCGUUUUGAUCACAUUCUUUGACGGUGUCGAGGACGGAAUCUAUAUUGCACUGGCGCUGUCACUGUUCAUUAUGCUUCUCAACAUUGCUCGGCCACGCCUUGCUGUAAUGGCUCGCUCACCGCUUGAUCCAGCAUCCAAAUCCACCACAGCUGUACCAGCCGCCAACGACUUUUACAGCUCUUCCCAACACUACAUCUAUUUCGACGAACGCGACCCGCAUUUUGAAGCACACAUUGAGCCACUACCACCAGGUGUUGUUGUCUUUCGUUUGGGCAAUGCAUUGUUGUAUCCGAAUGCAAGCCAUGUCACUGAGUCGAUCGUUGCCGCUGCCAAGGCACGAACAAGACAAGGCGAAUCGGAUGAAAACAAAAAGGAAUUGCUCUGGACGCAGACUGUGGAUGCUCGCAAAAAUAAUCAUUUGCCGAUUCUUGAAGCCGUUGUGCUGGACUUUACCGCAGUCAACAAAAUCGAUUCAACAGCGUUGCAGACUUUAUCGAGCGCUCGUGAGUUGCUGGAUCGGUAUGCAGGGCAACCGGUUGAGUGGCAUUUUACCGGCAUUGUGAAUCCACAGGUUCGAAACGAUUUGCUCUUGUAUGGAUUCGGUACCAUGGAGGACCAAGGCAUGACAACAUCAACGAGUGACUCCACGCUAUAUGCUUCGUCCUGCGCUUCUGGUACCACAGCAGCGACAAAACCCAAGGAGGAGGAUAGCGAGAAAAUACAAGAAGUAACAUUUAAGGAUCCCCCUGAAGUUAUCAAAGACGAGGACAAGGAGCGUCAGCAGCAGCAACACCCAGAUGAACACCCGCCAGAGUCAUACUAUAGCGAUCCAUUGGAUGUAGACAACAUGGUCCACCCUUACUAUAUGGAAACUAACAAGUUUUCGCCAGUCAUUGUGGAUCCUCACAACUUUUUGCCACGCGAUCGACACGGUUGCUUCCAUUGGGACGUCGACUCGGCCGUCCGGUCAAUUUGCGAACGUUGGAGCACGCGUCGGCAACACAUUCAAUUGUCUCCUUCAUCUACUACUUCCUCUACUGCUGGCUCUACUGCUGGCUCCACUGCUGGCUCUUCUCCUUCUUCGUAAAUGGCAUUUUUUUGUAUUAUCUUUCAUACUACUAGUAGUUUCAUGUCAGCUGCGCUGCAAGAAAACUACUAGUUUCCCCUCCUUGCCCC